AUGUCGAACUACGAGAGCCAUGUUUUACCUGCUCUUCAGCAACUCUCAUCCUCCACCUCCGAGCCGAUCAGAGUGGCCUACGUCACGGCAGAAUCCGUGGGGAAGAGUACUAAACUCGUUCCCGAUCUUUGGAAGCACGUCAAAGCCACGCGAGCCGACGCGCAAGGCCUAUACAUCUUACUCGACCGAGGAGAGGCCACAUUCGCAUCCCUUGUUAUCUCUAGCCGCGAAGCUGCUGUCGACAUUAUCGACCAGGUGCCCGACAAUCAACACGAAUUAGGCCUCAUAUCUUGCGAAUAUUUCAACGCGCUCAUGGAGGAUACGGCCGAUCCGUCGACCUUGUUCCGCCACCAGGACAUGAUCCUGUUUGUCGACGUCGAGCAUAUUCCCACCGUGCACGGCGAUAUGAGCAUAGGUGUUAUCGUGGAUUGGAUUCGCGGCCUGAAAGCUCUGCAGGACGUUAACCUUACCGUCGUCUUCCUUGCUGGCAAUACUAGAGAGGACAUCGCGGACGUAUUGGACUUCCACGAUAUUCAUCCCCUCCACCUCGCGUGGGAGGAAGCAAAGAACUACGAGCGGGAGGAGCUCGAGGAUGCGAACGAAGUUGUAGAAGCUAUCCGCUUGGCCCUAUUCGAAUCUCCGCAAGUUGGUAUGGCACCUUGCGUCGUAAUAUGCAGCCCCAUGGAUGAAGCUUACGGCAGGUAUGUCCAACCUAUUGAUCGUUCCGCGGGUCGGGAUAUCCGCUGCUUACCCCUCGUGAAUCCUGUUGAUAUGGAUUACGUUGCAGAUUUCGUCAGGGAGGACAAGCCUACUGUCAUCUUUCUCGGGGAUAGUCUGGCCCAUUAUGUACCGGCAAUACCCAACUUGAGAUGCGUCAUCUCCUUCUCCCACAAGCGGGCGAGGAUCUUCGACCCUCUUACCAGCCAAUUCCCCAUGGCAGGCCUCCCGAUAUCCGAAGGAGACGUCUUUCGCCAGCGAGCCUGGGCUAGCAAAGCCGCUAGGGCAGAUGGCGACCGCCCUACCUUCUACACCGCAUGGAGCGACGGGUGGUUUCAGGCCAAUAAGUCAAAAGACGGCACGCAUAUUAAAAGCGAUUCCAUGCAUCUUCUCCUCGCGGCUAUCAAAAAGUUCAACAGCUUCGCUUACCCCGAGGUACCGGUGCCAGCGCUGAACGGGUGCUCAUCCCUUCUCGGGGAGGUUCGUCGUCGGCUUGUCAUAAUGGGAUGCUUAGCUAAGGAUGCUCCUACAUCUCAAAUCACCCCCUUAGGUAUGAGAACGCUCUACUAUAUUAAUCACAAGACUUUUAACCAUACGGGAAAUUUUCACGUUGCCCACCUUCUAGCCCGGAUAGAGACAGAUCCUAAGCUUUCGAUCCCAUCGAAGCGGGUUCUUAUCCGGAUGACGGCGCUAACAAUUUACAAGAACUUCUACACACUGACGGACGAGGCUGCGCAGAGUCUCGAAGAGGACGACAUGACUCCCCUAGAUGUCAUAAUCGAAGAUUGUGCCGGUAUCGGGAAGCAGAACUCGUACUACGGUCAGCUGUGGUGCGCGCUUGGUAUCUUGGCUAAGAUGGAAGCCGAAAAGACCGCCAAGCACAGUUUGGUCAAUCUCGAAACCAUCGUCGAGAGAGGAGAAGGGUAUAUGCGAGUGAAUGUAGACGCUUGCAAUAAGAUCGAAUUUUACUGCCGCGAAUUAGAAAUCCAUUUCGGCAUCGUCGAGGCUUGCAAAGACCCGAUCGCGGAGACGAUGCUAACCCAGGACGAAUCGGAUCAUGUCUUUGAGGUACUCGCGCGGACGUAUCUGUUUCAAGUAAUAUACUUCCCGUUCGACACCGCUUUAAAGCCGAACGACAUGAUCUCGCUGCGGCCCGUCCGCUUAGGAGCGAGCCCGGAGCUCGUCGAUCUCACCGAGCGAAGAUCAACGGGCGACCCGGAGAAGUUUGGGUUCUUCGCCAUCUACCAGGAGAGCCUGACUUACGGAGGGGAUCUAGCACCAACCCACCUCACGGUGCUUCCAGGUGGGAUCUUGCAAAGGAUAGUUGACUCUUUCGGGGCGCCAAACCUUUCGGCGCUCGUUUUAACACGCUAUCCCGUACCAACCGACGAGGACGUGUAA